AUGCUAUAUAAAAUGUACGCCUGUGACGGAGAUUUCACUGAUGACACUUUGAAUCCAGAACUUGUGUUUAACUCCAAAAUCGAUGAUAUCUUCAAAAUUAAACAGUCUGUAGAUAUAGAAAACAAGUACUGGUUAUCAGAUACUGAUAUAAAACAACAAACAAAACUAACUGUGCCACUGUACUAUACGAAAAAACUGGGGAAACCAAUAAUACAACCUUUUGAUCCGAGGUUUACUUUGGCCUUAUAUUAUCACUACAUAAACCAGCAAUUGUCAGAAAAAGCACUGGAAACGGUACAAGAGACUAUAGUAGAGAUUCCAUUUAAUUGGUAUGACUGGGUUGAUAUGUCUCCUUUAGAUAAGUAUUUAGUGGCGGAGGCGACAACUGGUGUUCAGGUUAAUUGUAGUAUAUUGGAUGCAUGGAAGGACUAUGAACGAGCCAAAGCGAAUGAAAGCAAAUUGAAGGAAUUGGAAAAGCAAUGGGACGACGAAAAACUGGGGGAAAAGAAAACUCUUGAGAGUCAAAAUGAAGAUAAAAGUAAAGACCAAGGUAAAGACCAAAGCAAAGACCAAAGCAAAGACCAAAGCAAAGACCAAAGCAAAGACCAAAGCAAAGACCAAAGCAAAGACCAAAGCAAAGAUUCAAGUUCAGAUUCAAGUUCAGAUUCAAGUUCAGAUUCAAGUUCAGAUUCAAGUUCAGAUCACAGCGAGCUGGUGCAAAAUUCGUCACGGCUUCGACACAAAAGGAAAGACGACUUGUUUGCUGACGUGACAGGUCAUAAUGAGUGGUGCGUUUCCAAUGAACAGCUUGGAGAUAGCCACAAUGAUGGGCAUUCCAACCAUCCAGGGUUUAAUGUUUUUCGAGAUCCAGGAAGAACGACUCCUUUGAAGGCUAAACUUACUGGGAAAUCGUACCUUUAUGCUUUUGCUCCACCACCUUCACAGAUUAUAUUUCUAUCUAAGCAGGGCUCAUACUCUGUUGCUAUUCGUGGUAAUGGAAAAUUGUUACAGAAUGGAUUACCUGAGAUGUACCUCAAGGAUACAGCAAGUCGAAAUAUUGAUGUAUUGACGGAGUUUCAUAAACUCUGUCGCAACCAUCCGCCUAGCACAGAUAAGGUCAUGAAUGAGUACCUACACUCUAUACCAGAAUCAAGUUUCCGUUUUGAUGGUAAGGCAAUCUUAAAGAACUUUACAGAAAGAGUAGAAAGAGGUGAGAAACUAUCAAAGAAAGAGCUUGCAUAUCAAGAAUCCCUCGAGUAUAGUUUAUUCAAAGUUGACAAUGGAGGUGCAACAAAAUAUUUUCAUGAAGCUAGACUUCUUGGUACUAAUAAUGGAGAUCAUUACGAUUGGCGGUUUUUCAAUGGGUUAAUUUUAGGUACUGAACUACAAGGUUUGACUUUGCAUCGACUAAUCAGAGCUUGGUUGUCAUUUUGUAGAAAGAAUGGUAUAACAACGUGGAUUGCCCAUGGCUCGCUAUUAUCUUGGUAUUGGAAUGGAUUGUCUUUUCCCUGGGACAAUGAUAUUGAUGUACAAGUUCCAAUUAUGGAUCUACACAACUUGAGUUUGAAUUUUAAUCAAACUUUGAUAGUUGGCGAUCCUGAAGAAGGAUUUGGCCGGUACUUUUUGGAUUGUGGAACAUUCAUCACCUUAAGAGAAAAAGGUAAUGGAUUGAAUAACAUAGACGCCAGAUUUAUUGAUGUUGAUACCGGGAUGUAUGUAGACAUUACGGCACUUGCGUUAUCCAAUUCGAAAGCACAUUUGGAUUAUUAUAAUAAGAAGUUACCCGAUGGGUUUAAUGAAGAGCAAGGAAAUUGGCAAGCUUUAAAUGAAAUGUAUAAAGUUUACAACUGCAGGAAUAAUCAUUUCAGUAGAUACAACGAAUUGUCUCCAUUGGUAAAGACUACUGUUGAAGGCGAAAUCGGAUAUGUUCCUAAAAAGUUUACUAAAUUGUUACAGGAUGAAUACAAGCAUGGUUUAACCUCAAAAAAGUUUGCAAACCACUUGUUUUUGCCCAAGUUGCGAUUGUGGGUGAAGGAAGAAGACUUGUUUUAUUUUUUGAAAGAUAGAUAUAAAUGGGUCCAAUACUACUCGCCUAGCCUGUAUUAUAAUAGGCUUGCCAAUCACACAUACUGGUUUACAGAUAAAGAGAUAUUGGGUUUAAGGAAGAAUGAAAAUCCAUACAAGGAACUGCAUGAAUAUUUAUUUGCAUUGAAGGACGAACAGUUGGAAAAAGUGAAUGAUUUCGAAUAUGAGGAUUUAUUAGACCUUGUUUUGAAUGAUGAUAUCUUGAUCAGUUAUAUGAUGUCAAGAAAAUUCACCUUGUUUCAUGAGAAGGAGCUUAUGAAGUUGACUUUUGGGAAACUGACUGCUGGCUUAUUCAAUAAGAAAAAUGCAGUUGAAUUUCCACCAUUAAUGCAUGAACCUUUCUUAUACCAGAUGACAUCCGAUAUGGAUAGUUACGAAUCUAGAGUUUCCAGGGUGCAACAGUCAAUCGAUAUGUACAAAGUUAUUGACGAUGAGAAUGUACUAAAGAGUUUGCAACUUGUGGAGGAUUUCAAGGAUGUCACUAAAGUUGGAGAAAACUAG